AGGCUGAGUUGAGUUAGCCAGGCCAAGCCAACAACCAACAACCAACAACCGAACGGCCCAAAGCCAGGGAAACAACAAAAAAGAAACAAUCCCAACCGUCCCAGGCCAACAACAAUCCCAUAUCCCAUCCAACAAUCCAACAACCAGACCCGACCAGCCAGCUAUAGUGUGUUAUCGACGCUGACGUCGGCGUCGUUCUUUGUAUUGAUUCGAAUUUGGAUUCAGUCGAUGAGUUUCUCUCGCUUCUGCGCGUUGCGUUUUUCGCAGUGUUUCCGCGAUUUUUCGUUGUCGUCAUCGUUGUUUCGUUUCGUUUCGUAUCGUAUCGUUGUUGUGUGUGGUGUAUAGUGCGCCGCCUCCUCUCGUUUCAGCCCCCUUUUUCGUACAGCCGUUCAGCGGCUGUAAAAGUAUGUAAUCCCAUCCAGUAGUCCCGUCCCAGACGCUAGCCCACUGCUAGCCUCCUGCUACCAAGUAUAACUAAACUAUAUAGUAUAAUCAAAUUAAAAAAAAAAAGUAAAACAACGCUCCAUCGCGUUAUCAACGGACAUAGAUAAUAACACACCCAAUAUAAAGUCUGAAAGAAAAACAAAAAAAAAGAAAAAACAGUUACUGUUACAAGCGAAUAAUAAUAAUAAGAGUGAGUGCCUUUGACCAGCCGAGACGACGACGGUACGGUUCUUGAUGGUGACAUCAGAGUCUAAAUCUAGCGCGAACAGAUUUUAAUUCCGUGAACUAGUAGACGACGCACCGCACUCGUUUACGUACCUCCAAUACUCGUAUACCCGUAUACCCGUAUACCCGUGACAUCGGCAAGAAACCUGGCUGCAUGAAAAACAUCACCAGCUCGAGCACUUGCAGCACUGGGCUGCUGCAAUUGCAGAACAACCUGAGCUGCACUGAGUUGGAGGUUGCGGAGAAGGCAGAACAACAGGCAGUUGGACCCGGCACCAUACCAUCACCGUGGACACCAGUGAAUGCCGGUCCUCCAGGUGCCCUUGGAUCGGCAGACACAAAUGGCAGCAUGGUGGAUAGCAAAAACCUGGAUGUUGGUGAUAUGAGCGAUGACGAAAAGGACUUAUCUUCCGCUGAUGCCGAAGGUGUAUGGAGUCCAGAUAUCGAACAGAGCUUUCAAGAGGCUUUAUCUAUAUAUCCGCCGUGCGGACGUAGAAAAAUCAUCUUAUCCGACGAGGGUAAAAUGUAUGGUCGCAACGAACUGAUCGCACGAUAUAUCAAACUGCGCACAGGCAAGACGAGAACCAGGAAACAAGUCAGCUCGCACAUCCAAGUGCUAGCUAGACGAAAACUCCGCGAGAUCCAAGCGAAAAUCAAAGUGGAAACCAAUGGUGUGUCCUUGCAUUUAUUAAACGAGAAAGAACAAACGUUGCAGGUCAUGAGCACAAUGACCAGUUCGCAAAUCGUGUCCGCCCAAGCGGCCAACAAUCUGGCAUUGGCUGCCUCGGCAUUAUCGGCAGGUGGUGUUGCAGGUGGCGUCGUCCACCAUGCGAGGCAUCUCAGCCUCCAUCCCCCACCACUGCCGCCGCCACCGCCGGCAUCCCUAGCCCAUAGACACUCCUCCACCACCACCUCCUCCUCGGCGGCGGCGGCAGCAGCAGCUGUUGCAGCAGCCGCAGCAGCGGCGGUGAUCCCGUCCUCCUCGUCGUCGUCGUCAUCACCUCGACAACAACAGCAACAGCACCACUACCACCACCCAGCCCACCACCAUCCACUCCACCACCACCACCACCACCACCACCUCAACCACCACCUCAACCACCAUUCCCAUCCCAAUUUGACGCACCUACCGCAUAGUCACAUGCAUCCGCAUCAUCACCAACAUGCGGCAGCCGUUGCAGCGGUGUAUCAUCUCCAGCAGCAACAGCAGCAGCAACAGCAACAGCAGCAACAGCAACAGCAGCAGCAACUGCAGCAGCAACUGCAACAGCAGCAGCAGCAACAGCAGCGGACAAACAAUACGGACAGCGAUCAGGGCACUGGCGGCGGUGGCUCCAUGGUGGUACCAUCCACUUCGCCGCCAGCUCCGCCGCCACCUCCUCCUCCUCCGUCGCUGCACCACCCGCCGUUGUAUUCUGGCCAAUUCUGGCAACCCGGACUACAGCCGAGCACGUCCCAAGAUUUCUAUGAUUACAGCAUCAAGCCCUUCGCCCAGCCACCCUAUCCCGCCGGCAAGACGUCGACGGCGGUGUCCGGGGACGAAGCUGGAAUUCCGCCCUCACAAUUGCCCUGGGAAGGUCGAGCCAUUGCCACGCACAAAUUCCGCCUACUCGAGUUUACGGCGUUCAUGGAAAUCCAGAGAGAUGAUAUGUAUAACCGUCACCUCUUCGUUCAACUCGGCGGUAAGCCAUCCUUUUCCGAUCCAUUGCUUGAGACUGUUGAUAUUCGGCAAAUAUUAGACAAGUUUCCCGAAAAGUCUGGGGGGCUCAAAGAUCUCUACGACAAGGGUCCACAGAACGCGUUUUACCUGGUUAAAUGCUGGGCGGACCUCAAUACGGACCUAACGACCGGCAGCGAAACGGGUGAUUUCUAUGGCGUAACCAGCCAAUACGAAAGCAACGAGAAUGUCGUGCUCGUGUGCUCCACAAUCGUUUGCUCUUUUGGCAAGCAGGUGGUGGAGAAGGUGGAGAGCGAAUACUCUCGACUGGAGAACAAUCGCUAUGUGUAUCGCAUCCAGCGCUCUCCAAUGUGCGAGUACAUGAUCAAUUUCAUUCAGAAGCUGAAGAACCUACCGGAACGCUACAUGAUGAACAGUGUGCUGGAAAACUUUACAAUAUUGCAAGUAAUGAGAGCCCGCGAAACGCAGGAGACACUGCUGUGCAUAGCCUAUGUGUUUGAGGUAGCGGCCCAGAACAGCGGCACCACCCACCAUAUAUACCGUCUGAUUGGGGAAUAGCAAAAGCUGCCUGGAGCAGAGCCCAACCUG